GGUGUCAAAUUAAGUGGUCCCAAGUCCCAACUCCAUUCUCCAUUGUCCAUUUAUUUAUUUAGUAAAUAAAAUACUCAAUAUGUAGAAAUGGAGUUAUAUUCUAACUCGAUGGUAAAUAGAGAAAUAUCGUUUCUAAUAUUCCUUCCCUUUAUUAUCUCUAUGAUACAUGAUACUUCUUUGAUAUAGUUGCAUUAUAGUUGGUAUUAUAUCAAUAUUCAUAUUGGUAGUAAUUAGAUUAAUUAAAUUAACAAAAAUAAACGUCUGGAAUACAUCAAAAAUGGAUCCCACCUCUCAGAAUCUAAAGCCUUAUGGACAACAAGACUUUAAAGAUGAAAUAGAUAUAGAUUGCUCAGAUAUUAAAAUUCAACUUCCUAUAGAAACUUCACAAAUAAAAACAGAAUCCUUAGAUGCAAGCUUUAUAGAACCUACAAAACAAGAAAUUAAAAGUGAACCUGGAGAAACUGAUGUAUUUAAUAAUGAAUCAGAAGUGGAGAAAGAUAUAAGAAAAAUAAAAGUACUAAAUCCAUAUUUUCUUAAGGCUGAAAUUGAAUGUGAAGAUUUGCCUGAUAUUAUAAAACCAGAGGAAAUUCUGUUGCAAUCAGGACCAUCAUCAGCAUGCAUAACCCUUGAAAAUAAAUAUACAAAAAAAUUGAAAAAAUUAACCCAAAAAUCUAUACCAAAAUUAAGAAAUAUGUGUUCCAUAUGUGGGAAAGGAUUCACGUCAAUAUUGUUAAGAAAUAAGCAUAUCAAAUCUCACUUUGGAUCUUCUUGUAUUGCCUGUCACAUGUGUGGCAAAUGUUACAUAAAACAUAAUGAAUAUUUGAACCACAUAAAAAUUUACUUCAUUAAACGGCGUUAUACAAAAGAUCAAGUAAAAUACCUAAAAAAAAUAAAGACCUCCACAGAACAACUUGAUAUUUGGGAUGGUCUUGAAUACAAACAUUUUAUGGAUUACAAUGAACCUAAGACAGGCAAAGAAUCUUUUAAUGCAAUUGAAAUAAAUGAUUUAAAGAAAGUUAAUGGAAAAUGGCAAUGUAGUAUUUGUUGUAAACAGUAUAUUACAAGAUCUUAUCUAAAACAGCAUAUGAGAAUUCACACUGGAGAAAAGCCAUAUUCUUGUACUGUGUGUGCUAGAAAUUUUGUGACUUCAUCUCAUUUAAGAUAUCACAUACAGUGUCAUACACAGCAAAAACCUUUUAAAUGUGAUGUUUGUUCAAAAGAAUGCUUAAAUAAAUCUCAAUUAAUAAUUCACAUGAGAAUUCAUACUGGAGAGAAGCCAUAUAAUUGUUCAAUUUGUUCAAAGAAGUUUAUGACCACAUCUUACCUCGGGCAGCAUAUGAAGAUACAUACAGGCAUAAAACCCUUUAAAUGUGAGCUUUGUCCAAAGAGGUUUAUUCAAAAAUAUGCUUUAGCAACACACCAAAGAAGUCAUUCUGGCGAAAAACCAUUUAGUUGUGAAGUUUGUUCACGACGAUUUUCUCAAAAGAAAAGUAUGAUUGUUCACAUGGGAACACAUUCAGACGAACGACCAUUUAUAUGCCCUAUUUGUUCUAAAGCUUUUAGUCAAGAUAUCCUUUUAGAUCGACACAUGAAAUCACAUUUAGCAAACAAACCUUUUAAGUGUGCUGAUUGUCCAAGACAAUUCACUACUAAAUCCCAUUUAAAGGAACAUUCCAGAAUUCAUUCUGGUGAAAAACCUUUUGCCUGUCCAAUAUGUUCAAAAUCUUUUACUCACAAGUCUAGUCUAGGAAAUCAUAUGUAUAUUCAUAAGACUGAGAGACCAUUUAAGUGUGAUAUCUGUCUGAAAGGAUUUACUCAGAGAUCAAGCUUGAGUCUACAUAUGAGCAACCAUACACAGGAAAAACCAUUCAAAUGCGAGUUGUGUCCAAAACGAUUUGCUCGAAAAUCUGUUGUCAAUCGUCAUAUGCUGUUUCACUCUGGAGAAAAACCUUACAAGUGUGAAAUUUGCUCUAAGUGUUUUAUCCUACCUUCUCACUUGAAACAACACUUGGUAAGUCAUACUGGCGAAAAACCUUUUAACUGCGAAUACUGUCCAAAAAGAUUUGCCCUAAAACCUGGUCUCAUAAUACAUAUGAGAAGUCAUUCUGGAGAAAAACCGUAUCAGUGCCCACUUUGUCCACGAAGAUUUUCCCAAAAGUCGAAUUUAACAGUACACCUAAACUACCAUGGCAAGGAAGAUCGUCUAAAGUGUAAGAUGUGCACAGAGAGAUUUGGUGAAGAAAAAGAUUUAAAUAUUCACAUGGUUACACAUACUGGAGAGAAAGCAUUUAAGUGUCAUGAUUGCUAUAGACAAUUCUCAAAAAAGGCUCAUCUACGAGAUCAUGUCCGGACUCAUACUGGAGAAAAACCAUUUACUUGCACCGUUUGCUUUAAAAAAUACUCUCAGAAGUCUAGUUUAAACUAUCAUAUGAAAAGCCAUUCUUAGUUUUGAAGUAACAUCUGUGUAACAUUUAUUUACUAUAAUCUAUCUAGGAUAAUAUGAUAUCUGAUUCAAAUUUCUUGAAUUCACUUGUCAUUGAAAGAUUGUAGUGUUUUUUAUCUUGGAAUAUAUUCGUGUCUAUUUUG